AGGACGGGCAGGUGCUGAUCGUAGUAAUAUGUGGUUUAUCGGGUGUGUUUUGUAGCGUAGAUCAUGGUUUCGUCGAGUUAGGUCUGUGUACAGUCAUUAUGAGGGUGAUGCGACUCGCCGUUAGCUCACGAGCUGUCAUAUUCACGCUCGUGGUUACUGUUCCCACGCUUACACGUUUGUUUUGGAACGGAACUGUCAAGUCGACUUCUAGUAGUAGUAAGACGUCUCUACCUGUUUCCGAUGUACCCGACGAUCGCCGUACGUUACUGGAACGGUCCGAGAAUUCCUGGAAAACGCACUUUUUCUCUCGACACCUGUUGUCCAAACCGAACUGCACGCCUCGUGCUGUGGAACAGUUUCCACGAGACAUCUUCUCCCAGGACCAGCGAUCUCAUGGAGCCAUCUUGAUCCACAUCUUUAUCGUGCUAUACAUGUUCCUGGCACUCGCCAUUGUGUGUGACAGCUACUUCGUGCCUUCUCUGGAAAUCCUCUGUGAAUAUCUGCAUCUCGAGUCGGAUGUUGCUGGUGCUACCUUCAUGGCUGCCGGGAGUUCUGCCCCCGAACUAGCUACAGCUGUUAUUGGAGUCUUUAUUGCCAAGGAUGACGUUGGACUGGGAACUAUCGUCGGCUCGGCUAUUUACAAUGUGAUGUUUGUCAUCAGUGUCUGUGCCAUGUUUGCUGGUACUGUAGUGUAUCUCAACUGGUGGCCGUUGAUCCGUGACUGUGUGGCGUAUUCGAUAAGCAUCGCUGCCCUUGUCAUAGUCAUUUUUGAUGAAGUGGUCAACUGGUACGAGGCGGUGGCCCUAUGUGUUCUGUACAUGAUGUAUAUAGUGCUGAUGUAUUUCAACUCCAGUCUGGAGGACAAGCUCGUUCCCAUGGUAGAGCGGUGUUGUCCCAAGAAGACUCGGGAAGAAUCCAUAGUGCUGUAUGAAAAAGUGACCUCUUCCAAUGGUGCCAUUGAUACAAGAAACACUAGUAAUGGUCAGUUUAGAGAACUGCAGCCCCUGACAAUGGAACUAGGAGACGAGAGUGAUUCGGAUGAUGAAACCUUUCAACAGAGGUCUCCCACACACUCUAAAGCAUCAGAGGAAGAACCGCAGCCACUGUGCAGGCCUCCCAGUGGGUUUUGGAAGAGCUUACUCUGGUUUGUCUCCCUUCCCAUCAACUCGGUUCUGUUCAUCACGGUUCCCGACUGCCGCAAGACGUGCUGGAGGCGGUGUUUCCUCAUCACGUUCUUCAUGUCACUCGUCUGGCUGUCCGCGUUCUCCUACUUCAUGGUGUGGAUGAUCACGGUAGUGGGGUACACAGCCAACAUUCCUGAUACAAUAAUGGGGCUUACACUGGUUGCAUUUGGCGUCAGUCUACCUGAUGUAGUGGCUAGUCUCAUUGUUGUUCGAGAUGGUUUUGGUGACAUGGCCGUUUCGAAUGCUGUGGGCUCUAACGUGUUUGAUAUUCUCAUCUGUCUUGGAGUACCCUGGCUCCUACAGACUUCCAUCAUCAGUCCUGGUAGUCACAUCCAAGUCUACAGUGAAGGUCUGAUCUAUUCAUCCCUUACUCUUCUUUCAACUGUUGUUUUCCUCAUUGUGGCCACACACGUCAACGGAUGGAAACUGGACAAGAAGUUUGGAGUCAUCUUAAUGGUGGUUUAUAUUUUAUACACUGUUUUAGCCUCCAUGUACGAACUGAAUAUAUUCGGAUAUUUUCAUCCCAAAGAAUGCCCUAGUAAUUAUUGAGUUAUUAAAUAUAUAUUAUUAUUUAUAAUUUGAUGUAUAUACAUGUCUUUAAAUAAAUCUUCAUUUUGAGGUAUAUGCCAUUAACAUGUAUCGAUCUCCUUUUAACAGUAACAUACAUUUUAAAGACAUAUAGUGAACAUUUUUAACUAUUGUUUUACACAUUACAAUACAGAUGUGUUAACAUCUAAAUUAUUAACUAAUUUUUAAAGUUGUAAUUACCAUAUAAAUAUGUAUAAAAUCUAUCUUCUUAUUGAUUUUCUUCAUUUUAAUACCUGUAAAAUCUGUCUUGUUAAUUAAUUAUCUAUUUUUAUGUGUUGCUAUAUACACAUGUACA